AUGCCUGUGAGUGCGGGCUCGGGCAAACAUGAGCCUUCUCAGCCCAGAGAUCAUCCACAACAGCAGUCCACAGAACACCUGCCUGAGCCCCCCUCCAUCCUCCCCCUCUCUCUCCCUCUCUCGCUCACUCUCCCUCUCCUCGUCUACACUCGCCCUGCGCAGCCUCGUCCCCGCCACCUCUCCAGCACCAGCCGGGGGGACAGCUCCCACUCUCUGCUCGCCGACCCCAUGGAGGAACCCCAGGGCAACACACUGGUCAUCCGCAUAGGCAUCCCCGACCUGCAGCAAACGAAAUGUAUGAAGUUUAAUGUCGAGUCACCCAUCUGGUUGUCUAAACAACGGAUCCUCUGCACACUCAAUCAGAGCCUGAAAGAUGUGCUGAAUUACGGACUGUUCCAGCCUGCAUACAACGGCAAAGCCGGAAAGUUCCUCGAUGAGCAGCGCACACUUAAAGAUUACCCGCUACCUGCCAUCACACCUGUACCAUACCUGGAGUUUCGCUAUAAGAGGCGAGUUUACACACAGACUCACCUGGAUGAAAAGCAGCUGUCGAAACUUCACACAAAGGCUAACUUGAAGAAGUUUAUGGAAUAUGUGCAGCAAAGGAACAUUGAGAAGGUAUCAAAGUUUCUGGAGAAAGGGCUUGACCCAAACUUCCAUGAUCCAGAGACCGGAGAAUGCCCGUUGACCAUGGCGGCGCAGCUCGAAGGUUGUGCUGAGCUCAUCAAAGUUCUGAAGAAUGGAGGCGCUCACCUGGACUUCAGGACCAGAGAUGGCAUCACUGCUCUUCACAAAGCAGUCCGGACCAAGAACCACACGGCACUUAUUACGCUGCUGGACCUUGCCUCUCCGGACUACAAGGACAGUCGUGGUCUGACUCCUCUGUAUCACAGCUCUAUGGUGGGAGGCGACCCGUACUGCUGCGAGCUGCUGCUGCAUGAUCACGCUCAGGUGGGCUGCAUGGAUGAGAACGGCUGGCAGGAGAUACACCAGGCUUGUCGUCAUGGACACGUUCAGCAUCUGGAACACCUGCUGUUCUACGGAGCAGACAUGAGCGCUCAGAACGCAUCUGGAAACACUGCCCUGCACGUGUGUGCUCUCUAUAACCAGGAUGGCUGUGCGAGAGUGUUGCUGUUCAGAGGGGCGGAUAAAGAGAUCAAGAACUACAACAGCCAAACUGCCUUCCAGGUGGCUAUUAUUGCUGGAAACUUUGACCUGGCAGAAAUUAUUAAGACUCACAAAGCAUCAGAUGUUGUGCCUUUCAGGGAAACGCCUUCCUACACAAAUCGUCGCCGCGUGACUGGAGGUGAUACUCUGACAUCAUCACGUUUGCUGCCUCGCUCCGCCUCAGACAACAACCUGAACAGCGUGGGUGACAUUGGCCAUGCCCACUCCCCCGUACCGUCUCUGAGGAGCUUGCCCCAACUGCCACACUCUGGGGUCGAGGCAGCGGCCGACGGCAGCCUGCAGAGCACGGGCAGCUCUCUUUCCUUGCACUCCCGCUCGCCUUCGCUCCAGCGGGCCAGCGAGGACGAGCCCCUCCCCGCUCUCGGUCGGCGGUCUCAUACCCCGCCGCACCCCUUCUCCCCUCGCGGUCGGCGGCCCCCGGGGACGAUUCAGCGGGACCCCAGCCCUCCUCCCACGGGGCCCUCGCACACACUCUCAGGAGCCCGGGGCCCCAAACGGAAACUCUACAGCGCCGUGCCGGGACGCACCUUCAUCGUGGUCAAGCCGUACGUGCCGCAAGGGGAGGGAGAGAUUCAGCUGAACCGUGGAGAGAGAGUCAAAGUGUUGAGUAUAGGUGAAGGGGGCUUCUGGGAGGGCACGGUGAAAGGGAGAACUGGCUGGUUUCCUGCAGACUGUGUGGAGGAGGUACAGAUGAGACAGUUUGAUCCUCGGCUGGAGACGAGAGAGGAUCGAACCAAGAGGCUGUUCAGACACUACACUGUGGGCUCCUACGACAACUUCUCACACAGUGAUUACAUCAUCGAGGAGAAGAAUGCUGUUUUACAGAAGAAAGAAAAUGAGGGAUUUGGCUUUGUCUUGCGAGGAGCGAAAGCGGAGACGCCGAUCGAAGAGUUUACACCCACGCCUGCCUUUCCCGCACUGCAGUACCUGGAGUCUGUUGAUUUAGAGGGCGUGGCCUGGAAGGCGGGGCUUAGGACUGGAGACUUCCUCAUCGAGGUAAAUGGUGUUAACGUGGUAAAGGUGGGGCACAAGCAGGUGGUGUCACUCAUCCGGCAGGGCGGGAACAGCCUCCUGAUGAAGGUGGUGUCGGUUACGCGCAAGCCAGAGACUGAGGAGUCGGUCCGGAAGAAGGCUCCCCCUCCUCCGAAGAGAGCGCCCAGCACCACCCUCACGCUGAGGUCCAAGAGCAUGACAGCUGAGCUGGAGGAGCUGGCCUCUGCCAGGAGGAGAAGAGGAGACAGGCUAGAUGAGGUUUUGGCCUCUCAGGAGUCAGUACAGAGACCAAAAGUGGAGGUCGAUUACAGAGCAGCCACGGUGAAGCAACGUCCUACCAGCCGCCGGAUUACACCAGCAGAAAUUAGUUCUCUUUUUGAGCGGCAGGGUCUGGCUCUUCAUGGUGCUCUUCACCCAGCGUUGGAAAAAGCCCACAUGCAGCUGCCAAAAAGCAUGGCCAGAACCAAGUCUUUUGGAGCAACAGAGGAAGAUCAAUUGUCUGCCCUAGCAGCGGAGCACAGGUUUCCGCGGAGCUCCUCCAUGACGGACACACUGAGAGACAGCCAUAAUAUCCCUCCUCCUCCCCAAACUGCUCCCCCACCUCCACCAUUGCUUUACUAUCUCGAUACGGGCCCUCCUCCUUCCUUCUGUCCGCCCCCUCCUCCUGGCCGAGUUCACGACCCCAGCCGUUCCAGUUUUAAGCCAGGCUCUGAGCCCAGACUACACGGCUUGCCGCAGACGAUGUCGGCGGAGAUGUUUGAGCCCCCUCGUCAUGCCGCCCACAUGGAGCGACAGAAGAAAGCUCGCUCCAUGAUUAUCCUGCAGGACUCCACCCACCUUCCUGUGGAGCCAACGGAUUUCCAACGGCCAGGUCCUGUCUCGACUCCACCCGAGAGGAUGAAGCGGAAAGGUCGAAUCAUUGAUAACCCCUACGCCAAUGUGGGCCAGUUCAGUAUGGGUCUGUUCACGCCGUCUCCGAGCAAGCCGCAGCGAAGGAAGAGCCCUCUUGUAAAGCAACUGCAGGUGGAAGAUGCUCAGGAGAGAGCCUCGCUAGCACUGGCAUCCCUCCAUGCCAGAGAACACUCUCCUUCUGGGCGUCUAGCAGCCCACCACACCAGCAGGGCUGAUAUUUACCAGCAACAACAGCUGCUUUUGAAGGAGCGCAGUCAAGCUCAGGCAGAGGGAUUGUUUCAAGGUAAAGGACCCUUUGCUGCUGCAAUUGCCGAUGCUGUGAAAGACCGUGAACGUCGUCUGGAGGAGAGGCGGAAAUCCACAGUCUUCCUAUCAGUGGGAACCAUGGAGGGCAGUUCAGCCCCAACCCCUGAGGCCCCCUCACUCACCCCGUCACGUUCUGUUGAUGAACGAUUGCUCACCCGUGAGCUUGGUCAGUUGCCACCUCCUGCCUUGGCAUUGCUUCCCUCCCUUGGGGGCACCACUUUUAUUCACCCACUGACGGGCAAGCCCCUGGACCCUAACUCUCCACUGGCACUUGCGCUGGCCGCAAGGGAACGGGCAUUAACUUCCCAGAGUCAGUCCCCUUCUAGCAGCCCUGAGCCCAGAAUUAAACAUGAAGCUGCUGGAGGGGUGCUUUACAUGGAGACCCAGACCAAAGAGGCAGUGCGGUCAGAGGGGGAGGUGGACUUCAUCUCACCCCCCUUUUCCCCUGGAACGAAAAGGACAUAUGACACCUCUGUCCCCACCAGCAAGAUUCAGUGGGGGAGCCCCAUAUCCACCAGGAAAGUGUUGGAGGCAAGGACAGAAAGCAAAGAGGACAGGAAAACUGAUGAUAAGAAGAGUAUGAUUAUCAGCAUUAUGGACACAUCUCAGCAGAAAACUGCUGGGCUAAUCAUGGUCCAUGCCACAAGUAAUGGGCAGGCCAUGGGGGCAAGCCCAGUGCACAGUGCCCAAUCUCCUAAAGGGGCUUUGUCAGAGAGCCCAAAACCCAUGUUGGCCGAAAUAAAGCGUGCUAAGUCCCCUGGUCCUGAUGUGUCUCCAGGAUCCACCCCAACUCCGACCGCAACUCCAACCACCCAGCCACCUCCCUGCCCUUCCUCAGAUAAAAUCCUGGCUCAGGGUAGUUCUGAGGAGGACUUAGAACCCUACACGGUCACCUUACCACCUGCCAUGCUGUCCUCUAGUGAUGAGGAGACGCGAGAGGAGCUCCGCAAAAUUGGCGUGGUUCCUCCACCAAAUGGAUUUUCCAAUGGCCUUCUUGCAAAGGCACCCGAAAAGGCAGUACCUCCUGCUCCGACAUUGGUGCAGAUGACCCCUCCCCCCACCCUUCCAGCAGUGGCUGCCGCAGCAGCACAGGUCUCCGCUAGCGGCGGCCCACAAGCAGCCUCAGGGAAGCCGUCUGAGUCCCACCUGGGCCCAGAAUCUGCUGCUGAUUCCGGAGUGGAAGAGGUCGAUACUCGUAGCUCCAGCGAUCACCACCUAGAGACAACAAGCACCAUCUCAACCGUCUCCAGCAUGUCCACUCUGUCCUCGGAAAGCGGCGAGCCCACGGACACCUACACCACCCACGCAGAUGGCCAAACGUUUAUUCUUGAUAAGCCGCCAGUGCCUCCAAAGCCAAAGCUCAAGUCCCAGCUCAGCAAGGGCCCGGUGACGUUCAGGGACCCUCUACUCAAGCAGUCCUCUGAUAGUGAACUGCUCUCGCAGCACGCAGCGGCUCUGGCAGCUGCUGCGGGAGCCUCAGGCUUGGCCAGACCGCGCUACCUCUUCCAGAGACGCUCGAAGUUGUGGGGGGACCCCGUGGAACCCCGUCCACUUGCAGGGGCAGAGGAAGGCAAGCCCACUGUGAUCAGUGAGCUCAGCUCACGGCUGCAGCAGCUCAACAAGGACACUCACUCGCUUGGCGAAGAGCCUCUUGGAGCUUCCCUCGACCCCGGAAGGAAGUCGCCUGUGGUCGGUGCAAGACUCUUCAGCAGUUUAGGGGAGCUCCAUACAAUCUCUCAGAGAGGCUACGGCACCACCUACACCAUCCGACCUGGCAGCCGCUACCCAGUGACCCACCGAACGCCCAGCCCUGGUUCCCCAGACCGCUCAGACCCUCUGGGACCCAUCCGGGGCUUCGGACUGGCCACUUCCCCCACGACACCCCCCACCAUUCUCAAGUCAUCCAGCCUCAGUCUCCCUCACGAACCGAAAGAGGUGCGAUUCGUCAUGAGGAGCUCCAGUGCGCGGAGUCGCUCUCCCUCGCCUGCCCCCUCCCUGGGCAUUCCCUCCCCUCUGCUCGCCCUCCGGCCGUUCCACCAGAAACCUUUACACCUUUGGAACAAGUACGACGUGGGCGACUGGCUGGCCAGCAUUAACCUGGCCGAGCACCGCGAGCGGUUCCAGGAACAUGAGAUCGAGGGUUCCCACCUGCCCGCUUUGACCAAGGAGGACUUCGCAGAGCUGGGCGUGACACGUGUCGGUCAUCGCAUGAACAUUGAGCGCGCCCUUAAACAGCUGCUGGAAAGUUGACCCUUCGCUUCCCUCUGUCUGUAGCUAAACACUUUUUCUUUUUUCAUUUUUGAGACGUUUCUUUCUUAUUUAUUUUAACUUGCUUGUCUUUUUUAAUUUUUCUUGUGAUUCUUAAAGGCAUAGUUCACAAAAAAUUACAAUUCUGACAUCAUUUGAUCACCCUCAUGCCAUUCCAAACCCAACUUUCUUUCAUCUGUGGAACAUGUGUGCCAUGGGUG